AGCUGGGACCUCAGUUCUUCACCUUUGCAAAACGUCCACGAGCAAAUGAGCAUAGAUAUAAAUUGCAUAGCUGUCAUAGGAAAACAGAACAAUCCGCUGUACAUCAAAAACUAUAGUUCGUCACAUCCAGAUCUCAAAUACCACUAUAUAGCCCACACUGCAAUCGAUGUCAUAGAAGAGAGAGUCCUUAAUAACCCAAAGUUGACUGACGCUUACUUGGGCCUCUUGUACGCGAUGGAAGAUUUGGCGGUAUAUGGCUUUAUGACAAACACUCGAGUCAAAAUUAUCCUUGUCAUUGCCGUCACAGACAAUGUCGUAAAGGAUGCCGAUAUUAAAGCAAUAUUCACAAAGGUCCACUCAGCAUAUGUUUCGCAUGUUUGCAAUCCUUUCCAUAACUUGGAUCAAGACUUUGUCGCCAGUAAACGCUUCUCAAAUGCUGUCGAUCACAUAGGACAGCAGAACAGCCGAGCAACAAUAGACGUGUAACAAAACCAUCUUGUUUAUAAUUGAACGAAUACCUUUAGCUCUAAAUCUAUUUUCUAUGAAUUACAAUUCAUACACAUUUUUUGUCAGGAAAAAUUGAUUCCUACUAGUGUGAAUGUGAGAAUUGGUUUGAUCCGCGCUUCUGUAACUUUUAUCCGUAAGACGACAUAUAUGCCCAAGUAAGCCAUCCUCUCCAUAGAUGCUCGCUGCUAAGAUUGGGUGCAGCGACUGUGGUGGCUGUUUGGAUAAGAAGUCAUGUAAAUCUAUCGAAGAAUUGUUGUUAGAAUAAAGAAUUUCAAACCAGAG